AUGACCAGCUAUUUCUCGGGGCCCAGAGAUGGCCCGUCGCCCGCUUCGUCCCCACUAUCACCACCUUCGCAGCGGUCCAGCGCCCUGUCUAAUCGUCUGACCUCGGUUCUGUCCGCUUCGUACGCUGACUCCGACAUCCGUGAUGCGCUGGAGACAUUGAGCAUUAGAGGAAUCCACAACACUGCGGAAACUCGGCGCCAGCUAAGGCUUGAUGUGCAGAAAGAGGUGGUUGACUGCAAUGGGGAGAUUGUGCGGGAUUUUGGGAAGGUAGCAGAGCAAUUAAAGCGGAUCGGAAGCGUUAUAACUUCGUUGAAUCAGACCUGCAAUGAGAUGCGGAAACACAUCGACAUAGCGAAGCAGGAAACUACCCCCGUGCUCGAAGAAGCGACCGCAUUGAUCCAGUCAAAGAAAGACACGGAAACGAAACAGCAACUCCUCGACGCCUUUUCCAAACAUUUCAUGGUGCCCGAGGAGGAACUUAUGGUCUUGACAUCGGCUGAGGAGCCGGUGAGCGACAGAUUCUUCGACGUACUUGCCCGCGUCAAGCAGGUGCAUAACGACUGCGAGCUGCUUCUUGGCGGCGAGAACCAGCGUCUGGGCCUAGAGAUCAUGGAAAUGACGAAGCGCCAUCUGAACGCUGCAUACCAAAAGCUAUAUAAGUGGAUCCAGAAGGAGUUCCAGUCGUUGAAUCUCGAGGAUCCUCGCAUCAGCAGCUCCAUCCGCCGUGCUUUGCGGGUUCUAGCAGAACGGCCCAGUCUAUUUCACAGUUGUCUUGAUUUUUUCGCAGAAGCGCGAGACUAUGUCCUUUCCGACGCAUUCCACUAUGCUCUGACCGAUGCGAUGGCUAGUGCUAACGGUGCUGGUACUAGUGACCGCACUGUCAAGCCUAUUGAGUUCUCGGCCCAUGACCCACUACGAUAUAUUGGUGAUAUGUUAGCUUGGGUGCACUCUACCACCGUUUCGGAAAGAGAGGCUCUAGAAGCCUUGUUCGUUGCCGACGGAGAUGAGCUUGCACGGGGUAUUCAAGCUGGCUUGACUAGUGAGCCGUGGGCUCGAAUCAAUGAAGAAGAUGAAAUGAUGGCAUUUAACGGACAUAAAGCGCUUAGCGAUUUAGUCAACCGAGAUCUGACUGGCGUCUCCCGAUCCCUCCGCCAGCGUGUUGAACUAGUGAUUCAGGGCCAUGAUGAUCCCAUCACUUGCUAUAAGGUGAUCAAUCUGCUAUCGUUCUAUCGGGCUACCUUCUCCAAGCUGGUCGGGCCCAAUACCCAAUUGGUAGACUUGAUGCAAAACCUGGAGACUUUCACACUCAAACAUUUUGAGGCUCUGAUGGGUGAGCAGGUUACCAGUCUUUCGAGUGAUCAGCUAGCUCUUGCACCCCCACCCGAUUUGUCGCCCCCGGAAUUCCUCUUGGAUGCACUGGAAAAUCUGGUCUCUCUGAUGAAGACUUAUGAAGGUUCAGUUGGGCCAGAUGAGCCCUCAGAUACCGAUGCAGAUAAUUCCUUCACACCCGUCAUGCGCGCGGCUUUCGACCCAUUCUUGAAUCUAGCACGAAGCUCGUCUGAAGAACUAGAUGAUCCUACCGCGCAGAUCAUAUAUCGGACCAACAUUCUUCUUGCAGCUCAGGCUACCCUGUCUCCAUUUAAUUUCGCGAGCGUAACUCACAUGGCCCGCUUGUCCUCCGCCAUAUCUGCCUUGCGUACCAACUUACUUGAUAUUCAACAUGAUUUCCUGCUCGAGAAUUCUGGACUGGAGGUACUACUCGCGGCCUUGGAACCAUUUUCCAAAUCAACCAAAGACCAUGAAGAUACAAGCCCGGAGAAUUCCGAGAAGGGAGCCCAAUCCAAGCCCCAACUCACAGACCUCACCUCCCUACCCGCGUUUCAACCCGAGGCCUUGGUCAGAUCUAGUCAGCAGCUCGAUGAUUUCCUUCCAUCGGCUCUCAUGGAUGCAACCGAUCACCUGAAGCGGCUGCAGAGUGCUUCGCUUAUCCAAAGUGUCACAGAGGAUGCCGUGGAGGCAUUCUGUCGAGACUUUGAGUUCGUGGAGGGUAUGAUCAUCGCUGCAGACGAAGCAAGAGGUAUGACGCAAGUUACUCUGGGCACUGGUGCAAGCAUUAUAAGUGGACGAAGCGGGAGAUCGUCUCGCAAGACUAAGCCAGAUGGAAAAGAUGGCGAGGAAGACGACGAAUCAGGGGAUCAGUGGAGUUUGCGGUCACUAUUCCCACGUACAACUGGGGAGAUUCGGGUGUUAUUGAGCUAG